UCUUCAUUUCCAUAGAUCUAGGUUUGGGAUUUGCUUGUAGAACCCACAAAUUUUAGGAAAAAUUGAAACGAUCCCCACAAAUUCUUACCCCAACUCACAUUUAGGUUUUAGCCGAGGUCUUUAAAAACUGUUACAAAACACUUUCUUCCGAAAUCCUACACCUUUUCCUCAAGCCGACAACAUGGGUAUGUGGAAGCAUAGGGUAGAUACCCCAACCAAGUUAGAACACUUUAGGCAGGAGUUCGACAUCCCAGCCGACGUUCAUCUGAGGUUGGCUGGGAAGGAUGACUCCAUCAUGCCCGAGGUGAACCUCAUGUCUUUUCCAGUAGUGGCCUUUAUCGAGUGUGGACUUAGGUUUCCACAUGACAACUUUUUCGAGAAGUCCUUCAUUACUAUAAAUUGAACCCAAUGCAACUUGCCAUCAAUUCUUACCGAGUUAUUAACGGUACAAUAGCCUUAGCCAAACAAGAGAAUGCUAGGGUUACUCUUGCCGAUUUCCAGUACUAUUAUACUAUGUGUCGCCUGAAAUCGGAAAAAGGCCACAUCUAUUACCUCAAGCCGAGGUCCACUGAGUACAAGCUCAUUGCCGACCUCCCAGACUCAAACAAAGGUACUGGAGACGAUUACUUCAUCGUCUCGGGCAAUUGGGAGUUUCAGCCCAACGAUGACCUCCACCUUUAUUCCUUAAGCCGAACAGUUUUUGGGGAAGGAGAUGUUCUUCCUCAUCCACCAAAGGGCUUUCGCCAGUCUUUCUUCCCCAGCAAGGACUUGAAGAAGCUAUUGGAUUUGCCAGUCCACAAGCGUAGAGCUCCCCUGCUGUUCAAUUUCAUUCCUACCUACAAGUCGGUUCUUCCCGACAUUCCAAAGAAGAAAAAGAAGAAGAGUCAAUCUCCUCCGUCCGCCACUACUCCUUCCAUUACUUCAACAUCUCGGCCAGAUCAAGGGUCAACCUCAAAUCCAACAGAGCAGUCGUCCACCUCAGCUCCACAACUGAUCCCACCAUCUCAACGCCGACGACGACGACGAACUGUUUUUGCUGUUAAGAUGGGCCGCCAGAAAGCAGUUGUUAUAGACCUCCUAGCCAGCAUCCCUGCCGACGUUGACGUUCAACCAGCACAAACCCAGCCUCAACCAAAGCAAAAGCAAAAAAGACUCAAGAAGGCUCAGCGAAAGGUAACGGUGACUCAGAUCGACGACAUCAACGUCGGUGUUGCCUUUACUACAGCCUUGCUCCUCCCUAGGGAUCUCGACCGCAAUGCCGAGAUGACUGAGUAUGAAAACUUUGCCUUGAUGCUGCAGCAUUCUGCUAAAGCAAUCCAGCACGCCCACACCUUCUCAAUGCAAUCUUUUGAGACAAGGAAGGCGUUGGCCGUCAAGACUAGGGAAGUUGCUAGUCUGCAGAAGGCCAGCAAAAGGGCCGAGGCAAAAAUGAAGACUUUGGAAGAUCAGGGCGAGGCUGUUAUCAAAGCUAAGGAUGACGCUGAAGAAAAAGCAGAUGCCGCUGAGGCCAUCAAGAAGGUUCUCGAGGCCGAAAAGAGAGAGGCUGAGGAAAAGAUGACCCAGGCCCAGAAAGAACUUCAAGAUGCCUUGGCCACAAAAGAGGUCGAAAUCAAGGGCGCAGACGGAAAGGCAUACGCUGAGAGGGUGGCCAAUGUCACGGCAGACUACGAGCGUCAGGUGAAGCAGGCAUGCAACAAGGGUUUCACCCUUGGUUGGAUGACUUUACUGAAAAAGCUUGAAGUCCUCGAGGACUCCCCCCUCAGGAACACCGACGUCCUUGCCCUACCAUUCCCUCCAACUCCAAGCCAAUCUGACGAUAAUUCUGAGUAUGAGGAGGAAGCUUUGGGUGAGGAGGUUCCCAAAGACGUUACUCCUGAGAAGGCAACGUUGGAAGCGUCUAUAGCUGAUAAGAGCCUUGAGCAAACCCUCCAAGAAAUAGAUGCUGAGCUUGCGGCUGAAAAGGCAGCCGACAUGUCUUCUCAGCAGUUUUCCGAGCUCCAGACCCAACUUGCUAGUGGUGCUGAAGAAUCUUAG